AUGAUACCCCAGAGCCAGAGCAGCUCCCUGCAGCGCCUUCAACUCGUCGAGAAGCGGAUAGUGCGGGUGCUGGAGCUUGCUGGAGCGGUGAUGGAGGAGCUGGGAAACUCUCAGGGCCCUCGCACCGAUGCAGUCGGCGCGCACUGCCGCGAGCUCAUGAUCGCUAUGAAGGAAAUUCAAACAACGUUGCGUGAGGAAAUCAAAAGUGCUUGUGAAUAUCGUCCAUUUGAAAAGUGUGAUUACAGCGCAAGGAUUGCUAAUGAGAUAUCCUGCAAGAAGCUGGAGUAUGUAAUUGAGAAGUUGGAUACCAUGCAACACAACCUUGAACAGAGCACUGAUGAUUCUCUUGAGGCCUGGGCUCAGGGAUAUGGCUACUAUGCCUACUCCAACCACUUGAUCAGGGAGAUCCGCAGCAGCAUCUACAAAGAAGGGAAGCUCAACAAGCGUCAGAGCUAG